CUCGGGUUCUGCCCCGCUGGUGCGCGCUCCCAACAGGCACUCCGGCGCACGGACUUCUGCUGAGAGCUGAGUGAUCAUCUGCACUUUGAUCAGCUUUAAUUUAACUGCAACAUCAAGGAGUUUGUUAAAGGUUCAUCAUGGGAAACAAGUUCAGCAGAAGGCGAGAAGCCCCCGUCAGCAGUGCUGCUGCUGCAGCAGCCAGCGAACAGAAGCCUGCUGUGGAAUCAUCGACACCUAAACCAACAGCAGACUCUGCGAUAAAACAGGAGGCUGUUAGGACAGAGACUCUAGAUGUGUUGGUAGAAGAACCACCAAAAGAUGAAUGUGCACCAGAGGGGAAAGAGGAAGAAAGUCCUGUUACCUUGGCCCCAACAGAAGAUGCAGAGUCUGAACUACUAACAAAGGAAAGUCCAGCUCCAGUGCAGUUUGAAGCUGUGGUCUCAGACACCAAUCCUCUGGAACCAGAAUCGUUUGCACCAGCAAAACCUGAAGCUACAGAGGAAGCUGAAGCUGCUAUCACUCCAAACAGAGAGGAUGUUCCAGAACCUGACUCUGCUUUGCAGUCAGAGGCAGACACUGACCUUGUCUCUGAGCCGACGAGAAUCAGAGGCGAGGAUGUAGUGCAGCACAAAGACCAAGAGUCUUUAACUGAUCCAGUUCUUUCUUUGCCACCAUUGAUUGAUCUUGGUGUCCCUGAUGUGAUUUCCUCACCAACCACCAUCCCUCUGGAUCCAGAUGAGUCACUGAAUAUGUCAGGAAGUGAGCACAGUGCCACAGCAGAGCCAGAAAAACUCACUUCAGGCUUUCUGGAGAAGUCGACAGGGGUGGAGGCUGAAGAGAGUCUGAAGACGCUGGGGAGUGACAUCAACGUGGAAAAUGUUAGCGAACUCCUGAAAAACUCCGAGCUGAACGAAAAUGACCUUCUCAGUGACAUCAUUCCAAGAGAAGUCAAGAUCCCUGAUGACACUUCAAUCACAGACAUGAGCACAUCCAUGGAGUUAAUGUGAAUCCAUCAAAGGCAUCCUUGAAACAAGCAAAAGGAGAUUUUAUUCUGUGAAACCAUAUUCUAAAUGGAUAUAAAAACACCUUGACUUUCCACCCCAAUUGCUCUUAAGACAAAUGCCAAAUAUAUCUUUUUAACUGAACCAAAAGAGCUGUGCAACACAUUGGACUUCAAUUUUUUCUGCUCUUAAUAAAUUUAAGUAGCCAGUAGAUUUGGCUUUGGGGUGUAAAUAGGCUCAAACAGCACAAAACAGAAGUACAUAAUGCAAGACAACAGAGGCCUUCCUCUAUGCAAACUCACUAAGCAAAUAUUCAAACCUAUCUGCUGCGCAUUAAGGAAUUAGUGAGAACAGCUUUAAAACAACCUAUUGAGAACCAAUGUGUACGAAAGAUAAAGUUAAUUCCUUUUAAGAAUAUAGGUGUGUCCUUUAGCCUGGUCAUCAUAAACCAGCUAACGAUGUCUUACCCAAACGACAGAUUACAGGACUAGCAAACCAAAAAUGACCAGUUUAAAAAUUGAAGCACAUACCCGGAAAGAACUACCAAGUAACUAUUUAUGCAUUAAAGAAGUAGUGUUUACACUUCCACAUAUUAGUCUGAAUGGAAUGAUUGUAAUUUUUAUUCAAUAGUGGCUUGCUUGUGAAAAUAAAAGUGGUAUAUAUCUUC